AUUCAAUUAUGUUAUUCUUAUCCAUAUUGAUUGGAAGGUGUUUUGCCACUCUCAAUCUAACCAUUGGAAUUGACAUAAACAAUAAGGAAUCCUUGGCUUAUUUGGGAAGAUUGGAAUAACAUUAUGAAUAAUUUGAAGAAAAAGGAUGUAAUUCUCUUCUAAUUCAAUUAAGUGACCUUGAACAUUCGGAAUCACAUUCUGCCAUGCUACACAUGCAAAUAAAGACAUAAUUUUACUUAACCUGAAAUACAUUGCUUUGGAGGUGGAAGAUAUUGUUGUAAGCAAUUUUGUAUUAAUGCUUAGAAUUUUCAACUUAUGCCAAUGGCCAAUAGUUACUUACUGAGAUUAUCAAAUAGCAAUGCCUAUUUGAAAAGGAUAUUUAAACAUUUUUAAGCUAUAUCAAUUUCUUUUAGUAAGAUUGUUUUGAAAGUCCACAUUAUACAUUCUGUUCAGAAAAUAUAUUGAAAAAUUUGCUUAGUUAAAAUACAACCCAACUUGAUGAAUGCGUUAAUGCUAGCUUUUUAGGAGAGGGUGAUAAAGCAUUGUUAGAAAAUCACCUACUUGCUUAAGAAAUGAAUAAGUAAUAUAAUGAGAGUUCUCUAAGUGUGUACUUAGAUAACAAAGAAAUUAAGGAUUCGACUUUUCCUGAUAUGAUUGGAUAAAUUUGUGAAAAAUUAAAAACUGAUCCACCUGAAUAUUGCAAUAUAUUUUCACGUCUUGAAAAAAACACAAGUCUUAAAUUAGAUGAUUAAAUCUUCUUUUUUGUUUUUAUAGUACUACUAAUGCUCUUAAUUUUGAUAUCAAUAAAGGUCUUAAAAAGUGUUAAGUAUGUGAUAUUGGAAAAACAAUCAAUCCCUGUAGAAGAAACAAUUGGAAUUAUUUCAGGGGAAAAUGUACAAUGAUUUUAUGAAAUUUUAUUAGAG